AUGGAAGAAAGAAUGAAUGGUGUGAAAGGAAAGCUCUUGAAGAAGCUUAAAUCAAUCAAACCAGUUGGUUACCUAAAGGCAGAUCGAGUUCUUCAAGUAUUUUCGAUAGAUGGGUUAAUAGAUUCUUGUCCCAAGGCCCCAAUUCCCAAUGAACAACCCAAGUUGUUCGUCAAAGAAUCAGUACCGGAACAAGAAAAUAUCAAAGAGAGCUCUGUAAGUGCCGUCGAGAAUCUGCCUGAAGUCAUUGAUGUAAUAGACCUAAUGAAAGAUCUUGAUACUGAUGACCACGAAGAAGAAUUGGGUUUUAGUGAAGAGGUUGACGACAAAGAGAAUAUUACGCCUAAUGUUGAGAAAAAGAAUGCGAAUUGUAGGCAGAGUUGCGCCCCGUUAUCGGAGAUCGAUGUGUCGUGUUUCCGGAAGCCGGAUUUGAAUUCUUGUACCCUCUUUGACCCUAACCUACUGGCUGCCUUUGAGCAAGCCGUGAAGGAGCAUAUGAAGAUGAUUGAAGAAGAGAGGAGGACAAGAAUCGAGGAAGAGAGUGUUCUUGAGAAGAAGGCAAUAAUCGAGGAAGAGACUCCGAACGUCGAUCCCCUAUUAGAUUUCGAAGAGAAAUGUCCAGCCGGAGACGAGGGGUCCGUCAUUUUAUACACGACGACUCUCAAAGGAAUACGAAAGACCUUCGAGGACUGCAACAGCUUGCGGUUCCUGUUGGAGAGUUUCCGAGUGAUUUUCGUCGAAAGAGACGUAUCGAUGCAUAGGGAGUACAGGGAAGAACUAUGGAGGAUUUUGGGUGGAAAAGUGAUGCCUCCGAGGCUCUUCGUUAAAGGGAGAUACAUUGGUGGAGCCGACGAAGUUGUUACAUUGCAUGAGAAGGGGAAGCUUAAGGUACUCUUCAAUGGCAUCCCUCUUGAUACUUGUACUGGAGCUUGUGAAGGAUGUGGAGGUGUUCGGUUUCUGCUUUGUUUUGUCUGUAAUGGCAGUCACAAGAUCAUUGCCGAUGAUGGCUUGUCGUCCAGUACAUGUACGCGGUGCAAUGAGAACGGUCUGAUUAUUUGCCCCCAUUGCCGCCGAAUUUCUUCUCUUGAUUCUUCUUCUUACCGGCUGUAA